UAAACAUGGAUUAUUCAUAAACAGAAGCGGGAAUCUUGUCACCGUUUGGAUUCGAAUUUUCCCAAACGGAAUUAAUAACGGUUUUUCAUUCGAAAUCCAAGUGGAAUCAGCUGUUUCUGACAGCGCUGUCAAUAGGACGUCAAAAUACAGUGUUUUCCUUGUGUGUUGUGCACGAUGUUUCGUUGUUCUUCGACUUAGUAAAACGAAUUCCGACCAAUUAAGAAGUAGUUUUUUUGUGCUCGAGCAAAACGCAGGGGGAAUAACCAAAUGGUGUUUUGUUGUUAACUUAGUUGAAGCUUCACAUUGCUCUUUGAGAUGUCCGGCAGAGUGAACAUGAGACCUGUGAAUAAAAAUACAUUGUUGAAGGUGGUGAUCUUGGGGGAUGGAGGUGUUGGCAAAAGUUGCCUGAUGAAUAGGUUUGUGUCGAAUCAGUUUGAUGAGCAUUCAUUCCACACCAUUGGAGUGGAAUUCCUCAAUAAGGAUAUUGAAAUCGAUGGUGAAAUCUACACUUUACAGAUUUGGGACACGGCGGGACAGGAGAGAUUCAAAACAUUGAGGACACCAUUCUACAGAGGCAGUGAUAUUUGCUUACUGACUUAUGCAGUGGAUGAUAAAAUCAGCUUUAGGAAUCUGACCAUGUGGAGGAAUGAGUUCAUCUACUAUGCAGAUGUAAAAGAGAAUAUACAUUUUCCAUUCAUUGUAGUUGGAAAUAAAUCCGAUGUUGGUGUGAAAGACCGGGAGGUAUCACAAUUGGAGAUGGAGACUUGGUGCAAUGGUUGCAUCGAAACUUCGGCGAAGAACGCGAGCAACGUGCAGGAAGCGUUCAAGCUGGCCGUGCAACACUGGAUGAGGGCGGAGUCGCGGGCAGAUAGAAACGAGUCGCCCUACAACGACACGGUUGACCUAACGAAGAAGUACGGAGACAACCGAAGCUCGUGCUGUAUCGGCUCAUCCGACGAGUGAAAUCCGGGCCGUCUUUUCAAACAGUAAUCGGGUAUUUUCGUUCUAUCAAAACACAAUCAAAACAGACAGAAGACAAAAGAGUCACUAGUUUAGGUUAUAACUAAUAUCCUUCCCACAGUAUUAAUUUACUACGAUACAUUUCAAGGCUGCCCUUCGACCUUUCAACCAAUUGACGAACACUUUCAUUAAAUUGUUAUCCGAAGCCAGCGUCUCGACGAUCAAGGCAGCCGUUACACUGCUUUUAAGUGUAAAUAAAAAAAAGAAGAAAAAAAGCAACUAAUUUAAAGCACAAAAUCUUAAUGUAUAGUUUCUUUCUAACUUCUAUUGAUUGAUAUUUGGAAACCAAAGAAAUUUAAAUUCCGCAGCAUCUUCGCAGGAUGCGCAAUCAGCCUUCAGUGUCUAAAUAUUACGAGUGGCAAUUGAUUCCAUUUUUGUUUGUAUUCGUAGCUUCAACAAAUGACAAUAUAUAUUUUUAUAUUUUAGGAGAAAAAAAAACGUAAAUAACGAAAUAUAACAACAAUUGACAAUUGUUUGUACACCAAAUGAAUUAAACAAAAAAAAUCAUAUUAAUAAUAUCAUUAGCAAUAAGAUUAAUCAUUAAU